AUGGCGGGAGAGAGGAAAGGAGAAGAAGACAACUGCAGCAAAGCAAGAAUGGGAUAUAGAAAAAGAAAAUCAAAACCGAGACAUAAAUUUAUCGAAGAUGAACUAAUGAGACGUAAACGAGUGUUUGAACGAACUCCUCAUCCAGAUCUCACGACCAGGAGAGAUGAGCUGGUACAACACUGUUGAUGCCAAAUGUCUGUGAUUCAUAGCUGGUUUCAGAAUGAAAGAGCUAGACCACCGCCAGAAGUGAAGACACAUUUUUCUGCCGUCAGAAGAACGCACAGGUGCCAGGACUACAUGUUUACAGAUCACCAGGAUACCCCGGUACAAGUUUCCAAUUGCGACACUCUGGUCCAAAGCAUUGGAAGAAGACCCAGUGGCACUGUGGAGUAUCAAGGGGCCACUGGGAGUGGAUCUUCUUUGAACUUCAGACCAAUCUUUAUUCUUCCCCCUGUAUCUGAGCAGUAUUAUACGGGUGACCAACCUGAGACACGGGAGAGCCAAUAUUCCACAUUUUCUCCUGCCAACUGGCUAUGUUCCUCGUGUGCAGGGGCAAAGGCAGAUGGACGGUAA